AGUGUACUACAAAAUUGCCGUGCUACUCUCCCAUAGAGGAGCUGCCCUCUCCUGCACUUGCUCUUUCGAGUUUCAUCAGUCUUUUUUCUCCGAUUUCUUACUAAGAAAGUAGGAAAUCUUUAAUUAUGGACUGUAACCUGCUUAAUUCAGUCGGGCAAAACAAUUUUCCUAGGUUCAAGGUGGAAAAUAUCGAUGGAGUUAGAGGAAAUAUGGCUUCAUACAAUUCAAGAGUAGGUUUUCAUAGGAUGCAUAAAUCAUUUUCAGUCCCUAACUGGAAAUACAGUAUCCCAUGUACCUCUUGGAAAAUAUUUUGUGCCCCUGAAAAUUUGGAGGAGCGAUUUUCAGUGGUAGUAUCGGAGAAAAUAGCUGACGCUGGUCUUUCUGAUUCUGAAGCUUUACCUGAAGAAGUUCCUGAGCAACCUUUGAGAAGCGAAGAGUUGAAGUUGUUGCUUGCUGAUGCUGAAAGAUCGAAGCUUCUCAAAAAAUUGAGUGAAGCCAAUCGCUAUAAUCGGUUGCUUAAGCGAGAGUUGCAAGCUAAAGAGGAUGCACUGGUUAAUUUCAAAAGUGAACUUUCAGUCACCGAACGUGAGAUUCAGGUUUUGGCUAGAUUGGCUGAAGAAAUUGCUAAAUCUGAUAUCCCAGCUGGUUCAAGAAAAAUUAAUGGGAGAUAUAUCCAGUCACACCUAUUUUCACGUUUGGAAGCCAUACGUGAAAAAUUGAAGGAGCAAAUAAAGGGCGUGGAAGCUGUACAAGCCAAAGAGGUAGCUUUAUCCUGGGUUGGGGUAGCAGAGAGUGUGCAAGUAAUGGGCUCCUUUGAUGGUUGGAGUCAAGGAGAGCACUUAUCUCCAGAAUACACCGGCUCUUAUAUUAACUUUUCAGCUACAUUGUUCCUAAGACCUGGAAGGUACGAAAUUAAGUUUUUGGUAGAUGGCGAGUGGAAACUAUCCCCAGAAUUAUCAACUACCGGAGAGGGGUUAACUAAGAACAAUUUAUUGGUCGUGGAAUAGCUCAUUUAGCUAGGACGAGAUGUAUAUCUGCUGAAAGUCUGUACUCUAGGUGGAAAAAACAACUAUUAAUCAUCGAACAGUUCCUGUUCAGCAUGCCAUGUCUAUCUGCUGGAAGGUUAGUGCUCUAGGAGUGAAAUGCCGUCUCUUUGAGAAUGUGGAUCUCAGGCCUCUAAGCGGUGUUGUCAUUGUAUAUAUGAUUAUAUGUUACUUAACUAUCAGCUAGCUUUUAAGUCAUACUAUUGUAUAAGCUUCAGCCAUAUAUGUGUUUAUUCAUGUCAUUCGUUUUCUUGAAUUUUUUUAAGGGAGGAUUUGAUUCAACAGCUAGCUCAUUAGGCGGGAUUGCUGAAGACACAAAUUGUUUCUCAUGCAAAGGUCUUUUUUGAAAAAACACUCUUCAAUAAGUUGGUUUUUCAUGCUUGGUCAAAUAGGCUAUUAUUCUGUAUAAAUAUAAUGAUAAAUCUUAAUUUUCCUUUUCCAUGCCAA